AUGGAGCAAGCGGGCAGGGCGGUGAGGAGACUGCAGGUGACUGCGGCGCACCUGGAGUCCGAGCCAAGACGGACAGAAGAGGGGUGGGUGGAAGGUCCUGUGACAACCACGCCAACACACUCGGCAGGGGCGCGAUCGAGCCGCGGAUUUCUUGAUGUGCAGAAGGUGCUCACCCUUGAGCUCGAGUGCAAGCAGCUGCUCUUCCCCGACGUGCCGCGCUUCCGCAAGGACCUCAACGCGUGGGUCAAGCGGCACAAGCAAAUCUUAUACCACGAUUUUGCACAAGAUAGAACUGACUCUCGAUGGCAAGUGGGCGAUCUGCACUCCGACCCCGCCAAGUGCUUCGCUCUCUUCGAGGCCCCGCUGUCGAACGACCUCGGCCUCGCAGUACAGGCGCUCACCCACUACGGCCUCUUCGCCAACGCCAUCAUCAACCUGGGCUCCGAGUGGCACCGCGAGCACCUCCUCCCGCUCGUGGCCUCGCACAUUGGCUGCGUGGCAUUCCACGAGGUCGGCAACGCGUCAUCGGGUCUUGUGGAAACGACGGCUCGAUUCGAUGCCGGAGCUGACCGAUUCAUUGUAGACACACCGACCCCCGCCGCGCGCAAGUGGCUCGUUUCCAACCUCCCACGGAGCGCCGCCUGGGCCAUCGUGUGGGCCAACCUCCUCGUCGAGGACCACAACUACGGUGUGCAUCCGUUCGUGGUGCGCUUGCGCAAGGACAACGACGAGCCGGAGGCUGGAGUGCGAAUCACGGACUGCGGGGCCAAGGGAGGGCUGAGCGGGCUCGAUGUGGGCGGCGUUGCCUUCGAGGGCGUUCAGAUCCCGCGAGCACACCUUCUCGACCGAUUUGGCACGCUCUCGGCAGAAGGCGAGUAUUCGAGUGCGAUCCGAAACCCGUCCGUGCGCGUGAAGGUGAUGCUUCGCCAUCUGAUCUUCGCCCGCAUCGCGUCCGGUCUGGUCUCCCUCACUGCGGCACGCCAGGGCCUCACCAUUGCCCUCAACCACGCGCUCAAGUACAAAGCCGCUAACCAGCGAUCUCUUUUCUGCCUUUGCGUGUGCAUGCUUCAGAUUCCGCUGAUUCGAUUCCCGUUGCAUCAGCGACGGUUGAUCCCGCACCUGGCCAGCACGAUCGCCUACACCCUCUUCUCGCAGCGCGUCAAGGGCCUCUACGCCGCGCGACAGGAGGAAAACGAAGAGACCUGGCGAGAGAUCGCGCUCCUCGCCUCCGCGUUCAAGGUCGGCGCGUCGGCACAGGCGCGGGCGACGCUGCAGGCAUGCACGGAAUGCUGCGGCGGGAGUUCGCUGCUGGGUCGCAAUCAGCUGGCCCACCUGCGCAACGACGUCGACUGCAUGCUGCACUGGGAGGGCGACAACCUGCUCCUGCUCAAGUACGUGGGCAAGGAGCUCAUCCGCAACUACGAGCGCGGCCUGCCGCAGGGCCUGAUCGAGGGCGUCGUCUCCUACGCCUACACGUCGCUCAAGGAGGAGGUCGUCGAGCACGUCAACAUGCUCAAGAAGGCCCUCUCCUUCAUCAGCUUCAACUUCUACAACAACCUGCGCACCCGGAGCUGGCAUCUGCGCGGCUUCCUCCUGCGCGAGCACAAGCUGCUCGAGUCGCUGUCGACCAACCUGCGCAAGGACCUCGAGCGCGACAAGGGCCGGUUCCCCACGCUCUUCGCCUGGCAGCGGCCGGCCGCGGCGUCGAGCCCCGACGCCGCCUCGGCGGACGACGAGGAAUCCGAAGAAGCCACGAGCAGCAAGUUCGAGAUAUUAAACAAAUAUCUGAACGAGAUCAACGUGCUUAGCAAGUGCCACAUCGACCGGGUCGUGCUGCAGCACGUCUACCUGGUGCUCGACCGCGAGACCGAGCGGUCGGCCAAGCGCUCAGCCGCGGCCCAGAACUGCUCCAGCGCCAACGGCCAGUCCUGCGGUGCUGAGGCCGCCGGCCCGGUGCUGUCCAAGCGGGCGCUCAACCUGCUGGAGAAGCUGUUCAACCUGUUCGCGCUGGAGAUCAUCGAGCGGGACAACCACUUCUUCGUCGCGGAGGAGUUCGUCACGCCGAUGCAGCUCAAGAUGAUCAAGUUCGAGAUCGACGCGCUGUGCCAGGAGAUCAGCAGCGAGGACGAGAAGGCCAUGAGCGAGCUCGUCAACGCGCUCAGCAUCGACCCCAUCUUCUGGCGACACACCUUCACCGACUAA